AGUACCUUGAGAAUUCGUGGAUAUCAGUUGGUGGUCCGAUAGCAAUGUCUCAUGCAUAUUGUCUCUCAGGAAACACUUUAAGCGACAAGUCUACUAGUUUGCUGCAACAAGGAGGUUUCCAACUUAUAUAUUGGUCCUCACUCAUUGUUCGCCUCAGCAAUGACUUGGGUACUUCAAAGGCUGAGAUGGAGAGAGGGGACACGCCCAAAUCAGUCCAGUGCAGCAUGAGUGAAUCGGGUGAGACCGAGCGGGCUGCGAUCGAACGCAUAAGGGACAUGCUGAGCCACUCGUGGAAGAAGUUAAGCGAGGAGUGCUGGAGAACUCAACUCUCUCGUGGAUUUGCUGAUAUGGUCCUGAACAUGGCUAGAACAUCGCAGUGCAUAUUCCAACAUGGAGAUGGUAUCGGCACUUCUAAUGGCGUGACCAAGAACAAAAUAACUUCACUCUUUGUUGAACAUUAUUCUGUUUGAUCCGGAAGCAUGUGUCAGUAUCGUCACAUGCGUGACCAAGAACAAAUAAGGCUGUCAGUCCAUGUAUGGUUAAGUUCACUCUUUUUUAUUAUCUUUUGCUCAUGGCGAGAUCACGAAGAAAAGA